AUGGGUAACCUGGAAGGUGCCCCAGAGGAGCAGGAUCUACUUAACCUUUUGAAGCACAUGAGAUAUCACCCAGUUGUUUGUGAGCGAGGAGUAGUUAUUGACUCUGACAUUUUAACUGAGCGAGGAGUAGUUAUUGACAUUGAAAUUUUGACUGAACAAGGAGUAGUUAUUGACUGUGACAUUUUGACUGAGCGAGGAGUAGUUAUUGACAUUGAAAUUUUGACUGAACAAGGAGUAGUUAUUGACUGUGACAUUUUGACUGAGCGAGGAGUAGUUAUUGACAUUGAGAUUUUGACUGAACAAGGAGUAGUUAUUGACUGUGACAUUUUGACUGAGCGAGGAGUAGUUAUUGACUCUGACAUUUUGACUGAGCGAAGAGUAGUUAUUGACUCUGACAUUUUGACUGAGCGAGGAGUAGUUAUUGACUCUGACAUUUUGACUGUGCAAGGAGUAGUUAUUGACUCUGUCAUUUUGACUGAGCGAGGAGCAGUUAUUGACUUUGACAUUUUAACUGAGCAAAGAGUAGUUAUUGACUUUGACAUUUUGACUGAGCGAAGAGUAGUUAUUGACUCUGACAUUUUGACUGAGCGAGGAGUAGUUAUUGACUCUGAUAUUUUGACUGUGCAAGGAGUAGUUAUUGACUCUGUCAUUUUGACUGAGCGAGGAGCAGUAAAUGACUCUGAAAUUUUGACUGAGUGGGGAGAAGUUAUUGACUUUGACAUUUUGACUCAACGAGGAGUAGUUGUUGACUCUGACAUUUUGACUGAACGAGGAGAACGAGGAGUAGUUAUUGACUCUGACAUUUUAACUGAGCGAGGAGUAGUUAUUGACAUUGAAAUUUUGACUGAACAAGGAGUAGUUAUUGACUGUGACAUUUUGACUGAGCGAGGAGUAGUUAUUGACAUUGAAAUUUUGACUGAACAAGGAGUAGUUAUUGACUGUGACAUUUUGACUGAGCGAGGAGUAGUUAUUGACAUUGAAAUUUUGACUGAACAAGGAGUAGUUAUUGACUGUGACAUUUUGACUGAGCGAGGAGUAGUUAUUGACUCUGACAUUUUGACUGAGCGAAGAGUAGUUAUUGACUCUGACAUUUUGACUGAGCGAGGAGUAGUUAUUGACUCUGACAUUUUGACUGUGCAAGGAGUAGUUAUUGACUCUGUCAUUUUGACUGAGCGAGGAGCAGUUAUUGACUGUGACAUUUUAACUGAGCAAAGAGUAGUUAUCGACUUUGACAUUUUGACUGAGCGAAGAGUAGUUAUUGACUCUGACAUUUUGACUGAGCGAGGAGUAGUUAUUGACUCUGACAUUUUGACUGUGCAAGGAGUAGUUAUUGACUCUGUCAUUUUGACUGAGCGAGGAGCAGUAAAUGACUCUGAAAUUUUGACUGAGUGGGGAGAAGUUAUUGACUUUGACAUUUUGACUCAACGAGGAGUAGUUGUUGACUCUGACAUUUUGACUGAACGAGGAGAAGUUAUUGACUUUGAAAUUUUGACUGAGCGAGGAGUAGUUAUUGACUUUUGA